GCAGGGCUGCUUUCUGCUCUUCUCAUUCUCACGUGAAAGGCUCAAAGGAGAGACUGGAAGGUGAAAUACUCAGCUCCACGCUGCAGGUUUGCAGCAGCCGUGCAGCUCUGCCCUCUCCCUGCACUGGCAGUGGUGCAGACCCUGCGCAUAGCGGUAGCAUCCAGAGGAAGUGGAGGCCGUGGCCGUGUGUGUUGAGCACUUACACGCCCAUUGCCCACAGACAGACAUCCCAGUGCUGAGCAUCACAGCUGCAUCUCGCUGCUGCUGCCCCCCCUUCCUGCUUGCAGAUGUCCCAGGACCUGUCGACAAGGAGCAGCCCUGCUGCUUUGCUCAUCCCCGAGCCCCGUGCAGGGCGGGCACGGCAUGCAGCAUGCGUGCUGCUGGCUGUGUGCUUCGUGGUGCUGUUCCUGACUGGGGAACCCCUGAUGCCCAUCGCCCACCGUGCCUGCACCCAGCUGGCAGCCCUGCAGCUCGGGGUGCUGCUCAAGGGCUGCUGCUGCCUGGCAGAGGAGAUUUUCCACCUGCACUCCAGGCACAGCGGCAGCCUCUGGCAGAUGCUGUGUGCCUGCUUUCCUCCACGCUGGCACCUGGCCCUGCUCCUUGUCAGCAGCUCAGCCUACCUGGACCCUCAAGAGGACAAUGGGCACAGCCCCCGCCUCACCCUUGCCUGCCUGUGCCAGCUGCUGGUCCUUGCCCUCGGGCUGCAGAAGCUCUCGGCGGUGGAGGUGUCAGAGCUGACUGAGAGCUCAAAGAAGAAUGUUGCUCACGGCCUUGCCUGGUCCUACUAUGUCGGCUACCUGAAAAUAGUUCUGCCACGCCUGAAGGAGUGCAUGGAAGAGAUCAGCAGGGUCAACCCCAUGCUGCGGGCACACCGCGACACCUGGAAGCUCCACAUCCUGGUCCCACUGAACUGUGACAUCUGGGAUGACCUGGAGAAGGCUGACAGCAACAUCCAGUACCUGGCAGACCUCCCUGAGACCACCCUGACCCGGGCAGGCAUCAAAGGAAGAGUCUACAAACAGAGCCUGUAUGUGAUCAGGGAUAAGGACAACAAGCCCAGGCCCUGCGUGCUGGAGUUUGCGUCCCCGCUGCGGACGCUGUACGCCAUGGCGCAGGAUGAGUGCGCGGCCUUCGGCCGGGAGCAGCGGCUGGAGCAGGCCCGGCUGUUCUACAGGACGCUGCGGGACAUCCUGGGCAGCUCCAGGGAGUGUGCGGGGACGUACCGCCUCAUCGCCUAUGAGGAACCGGCAGAGGCCGAGAGCCACUUCUUGUCCGGGCUGAUCCUCUGGCACCUGCAGCAGCAGCAGCGUGAGGAGUACAUGGUGCAGGAGGAGCUCCCCCUGGGCACCUGCCCCAUGGAGCUCAGCCUGCAGAUCAGCUCCUCUGACCUGCCCCAGCCUCUGCGCAGUGACCGCCCCUGAGCCCAGUGCUCCCCUGGCACCCAGCAGCAGCUGCCUGCAGCCCUGUGGCACGCUUUCCAUUACCAUUUGCAUUGUGUAUUUCUCGUGUACACACAUGAAUGUUUGGUGUGUUCUAA